AUGUCAGAAUUACUUAGGAGAAACAUUUUACAAAGACCAUUUGAUAAUGAUACACAAAACUCAGAUGUAACAACAACAGAUCUGCAAGAAGCUUCACAAUCACAAAUAAUUAGAACACCAGAAAAUUCUAAUGGCAGUGUUCUCAGAACAUGUUCUCUAGAAAAGGAUUUAAAGUCGUUUCCGCUGAAAGACCUGACUAUCGUCGGAGAACGCGGCGCCUCUUUGUCUGGCGGGCAGCGCGCUCGCGUCAGUUUGGCCCGAGCUGCUUACAGGCGCGCCGACAUUUAUCUACUUGAUGACCCUUUGUCUGCCGUGGACGCACAUGUUGGCCGAUAUUUGUUCGAUAAAUGCAUCGGUAAUAAUGGAUUGCUAUCUAGUUCUACAAGAAUAUUGGUGACACAUCAAUUGCACUUUUUGUCUGAAGCCGAUUGGAUUAUAAUACUUAAUAAUGGUCGGAUACAAAACCAAGGAACUUAUGCUGAUCUUGUGAACAGCAAUGUUAAUUUCGCAUCUCUUUUGUCACAACCAGAAGUUUCUGAAUACGAAGAUAAAAAGUCAAUAGAUUUUACGUCUGUGGAUUCACCAGUUUUGAAACGAAGGAUGUCAUCGCAAUUGCGUCGUACUUCUACUGCAGCUGUUGAAGAUGUUUCAGGACCACCAGACCCAGAAGAUUUAGAAGAGCAUCAAGGUCAAGGAACAAUGUCGUUCAAAGUUUUCUUCUGGUAUUUAGUUGCUGGAUCAAAUAAAUGUGGACUAUUAGGCCUCAUCUUCAUUUUUGUCCUAGCUCAACUUUUUGCCAUGGUUACUGAUUAUUGGUCUAGUUUUUGGACAAAGCAGGAGGAUCUAAUAAAAAAAUAUGAAAACAAAGAAAGUGCAGAAUCACCAUUGCUUACCACAUACCAGUCGCUGUAUAUUUAUUCAGGACUUAUAGUUGGACUCAUUUUGACUAUUCAUAUAAAAAUUUACUUCUAUUUAUUGAACUGUAAAAGAUCAACCCAGAAACUUCAUGAUAAAAUGUUCGGAAAAUUAUUAGAAGCUGUAACACGCUUCUUUGAUAUCAAUCCUACAGGGAGAAUUUUAAAUAGAUUUUCAAAAGAUAUGGGUAUUAUAGAUGAAUAUUUGCCAAAAUCCUUGAUGAAUGCAUUACAAUUAAUACUCUCUUCUGCGUGUACAGCAAUAAUAAUAUCGAUGACAAAUUAUUAUCUUUUAAUACCAAUAAUAGUAAUGUUUUCUGUCUUUUGUGGAUUAUUUAUAAUAUACUUGAGAACUGGACAAGAUAUGAGAAGAAUUGAAGGGAUAUGUCGCAGUCCAGUUUAUUCUUAUUUGUCUUCAACUUACGCUGGAUUGGAUACGAUCCGUUCACGUGAAGCAACGACCCGAGUUUCUUCGGAAUUUGAUGGUCUUUUAGAUGUGCAUUCCGCGCAAUGGCAUCAUCUAGUUGUGGCUGCUCAGACCCUAGGAUUCUGGUUGGAAAUGGCCAGCGUGGUCUUUUCGACUAUUGUUUGUUUCAGUUUUGUUUUGAUGGAAGAUUGGAUUGGCUUGACAUUUGCGGGCCAAGUCGGAUUGGCCGUAACGCAAGCAAUGGCUCUUACAUCAGUACUUCAAUACGGUGUUCGGAUGUUAACAGACGUUAUAAACGAUAUGUUAAGCGUAGAAAGAGUUUUGGAAUAUACAGAUUUAGAACAAGAACCAAAGCCUGGUAAAUUACCUCCGGAUACUUGGCCUCCUAAUGGAAGAAUAGAAUUUCGUGAUAUGUCUCUGAAGUAUAUAAAAUAUUCCAAGCCAGUGUUGAGAGAUUUAACUUUAGUAGUAGAAUCAGGAUGGAAGAUCGGUGUAGUAGGACGAACUGGUGCAGGAAAAUCAUCUCUGAUCGCUGCUCUUUUCCGACUUGCGCCGUUAGAAGGCUCAAUUAUUAUCGAUGGUUUGGAAACUGGACGAAUAAAUCUAGAUGCUCUACGUUCAAAACUAUCCAUAAUACCCCAAGAUCCAGUUCUAUUUAAUGGGACUUUAAGAUAUAAUUUAGAUCCAUUUGGGAAAUACGAUGACAGCGAAAUGUGGCAUGCGUUAGACCUUGUUGAUAUGAAAAAUUCAGUGAAUUCUUUGGAUGUCUCAGUUUCCGAAGGAGGUAAUAAUUUUAGCGUCGGUCAAAAGCAAUUGAUAUGCCUUGCAAGAGCCAUUUUGAGACGUAACAAAAUACUUAUUCUUGACGAGGCUACUGCUAAUGUAGAUCCACAGACUGAUGCUUUAAUACAAAAAUCUAUACGCACACAAUUUUCAAAAUGCACCGUACUGACAAUUGCUCAUCGCCUGCAUACUGUAAUGGACUCUGAUCGUAUCCUGGUUAUGGAUGCAGGAAGGCCCAGAGAAUUUGGCACACCAUAUGAUUUAUUAAUGUUGCCAGGAAGUAUGUUGGCAUCCCUUGUUUCUGAAACUGGACAAGCGGAUAAACUGCUUGAUAUAGCAAAACAAGCAUUUGUCAAUUCUGGUUAUGAAAUUGCUCCAAAUGGUUCUGCAAUGAAGGAAACCAAUGGCGAGAUUGUACUGGAAGUAGAGUAUAGGCCAAAUGGUCAUAUGACUAUAUGCAAUAAACCUUGUAAUGGCUUUUCAAAUGAAGCAUUUGUAGAAGAUAUUGAUACUAAAUUGUGA